GCCAUUCUUUUAUCCUCUCCAUUCAUUCGUUUUCUAUUAUUUCCACAUUACCCAUUACAAAUACACCUCAAUGCUCCCCCUGUUUCAAAGUCACCGAUAUCCCCCCUCCCCCCAUCGAUCCUAAAACAUGGCAAGGACCGGUGGGCCUCUCCCCCUCAUCUUCCUCUUCGUCUCAGCCCUUCUCGUCCAUGACUCUGCCGCCGGAAUCGGUGUAAACUACGGUACCCUGGGAAACAACCUUCCACCUCCCGCCCAAGUCGCCGCUUUCCUCAAACAACGCACCAUUAUCGACAGGGUCAAGCUCUUUGACGCUAAUCCCGAUUACCUCAGAGCCUUCGCUAACACUGGCAUUGCCGUCACCGUCACCAUCCCCAAUGGCGAUAUCCCUUCCCUCACUGACCUCCCCACAGCUCGCGCCUGGGUCACUAACCACAUUUCCCCUUUCCACCCCCAAACCCUCAUCAAUCGUAUCGCCGUUGGCAACGAGAUCUUGCAUUCCCUCGAUAAUAACCUCAUUAGCAAGCUCGUGCCGGCCCUGAAAACCCUCCAUUCAGCCCUUACACUCGCGGGGAUCAACAACAUUCAGGUCUCCACGCCUCAUUCUCUAGGUAUCCUUAACCCCUUCGACGCACCGAGCACCGGCAGCUUCCGAACUGGGUGGGACAGGGGCGUCUUGGCUCCGAUGCUUCAAUUCCUUAGAGAGACCAAAUCUCCCUUUAUGGUCAACCCAUACCCAUAUUUUGGCUACAACGCACAGAACUUAAACUUCGCGCUCUUCAAGCGGAACAAUGGGCUCUACGACAAGUUCACACGGAUCACCUACAGAAACAUGUUCGAUGCGCAGCUCGACGCCGUCUUCUCGGCGAUGAAGAAGUUGGGUUACGGUGAUGUCAACAUUGUUGCGGCGGAGACUGGGUGGCCAUCAGCGGCAGAACCCGGCCAGUUGGGCGUCAGCGUUCAAAGCGCCAUGUCUUACAAUGGCGGUGUCGUUAGACACGUCACUUCCGGUCGAGGCACCCCAUUGAUGCCUGGAAGGAAGAUCGAGGCUUACAUCUUCGCGUUGUUCAAUGAGAAUCUCAAACCGGGUCCAAUCGCCGAGCGAAACUUCGGUCUCUUCCAACCGGAUUUCACUCCAGUUUACGACGCAGGGGUUAUGAUUGGUUCGCAGCAGAAACGUCGAGGUGGUCAUCACCUUCCUCGCGUUGGUACUGGUCCCAUUCCUCUUCCGCGUGGCCGUGGACGUGGACGUGGACGUGGACGUGGAGCUAGGAACCCAAGAGUACCAGUGGCGCCAGUGGGAGGAAAGAAAUGGUGCGUGCCGAAGGCUGACGCAAGCGAUGCAGCGCUGCAGGCGAACUUAAACUGGGUGUGCAGCUUGGGAUUGGAUUGCAAGCCCAUCCAAAGUGGAGGGAGCUGUUUCAAUCCCAACACAGUUAGGGCCCAUGCUGCUUAUGCCAUGAACGCUUACUACCAGGCCAACGGUCGUCACGACUUCAACUGCGACUUCUCCCACAGCGCUGUCAUCUCUACCUCCGAUCCCAGUUUUGGUAGUUGUCGAUAUGUCGCUUGA